AUGGAGGGAACUGGGCACCAGGAAGCCAUGCAGCUUGGAGUGGUGGAUUCGAAGCCAGGGGUCCCAGGGCAAGCAGAAGCCAUGGAGGGAACAGGCGACCAGGAAGCCCAGCAGCUUGGAGUGGAUUCGAACCUAGGGGUCCCGAAGCAAGCAGAAGCCACGGAGGGAACAGGCGACCAGGAAGCCCAGCAAGGAGUGGAUUCGAAGCCAGGGGCCAUCGUUGAGGCUGGCAACGGGGGCAAUAAGGCACAGCAGAGGACGGAUGCCGUGUUCAAGGCAUUGGAGCAACCCAAUAAGUUCGACUUGAAGGAAGCUACGCUUACCAAGAAGGAAGGCGAAUCCCAGGAGGAUUGGAUGGCGCGGGUGGCCCACAAUGUCUUCAUGAAGUUCCACAGGUCUAUCCGGAGUGCUUGGGGCGCCAUGGCACAUGGCCUCGAGAUUGCCACGCCGAGCGGCUCGUCGGAUGUUGCUGGCAUUCAACGGCGGCCAUCGUCGAUGGCCUUGCCAGUGGCUCUUGGCGAUCAGGAGGCAGGCUCGGCUUUGACAUCCGUCCCGGAAACCAUGGACAAGAAAAAAAAGACGGCCAUCGUGAACCAAGCCAAGAACAAGAUUGCCCUGGCUUCGACGAAGCUAGACGAGGCGAAGGUUCUGCAGGAAGAGAUCGCCCAGAACGGUGCUAUGUCACAGCCCAUCCGCGAUGGCUUUCUCACAGAUCUGCAGAAUCACGGCCAAAGCCUUGGGGAAGCCAGGGACAAGCUGAGCGCUGAGGUGGACAAGGGCUCGGGUCAGCUGCUUCAGGAGCUCUUAGAUGAUCUCAAUCAAAAGAUUACCAAUUAUGUGCAAUCGACGAACGGGAUGAAGAAGCUGUCUGCCACCAGGCUAGCAUGUGGCAGUACUUGGUCGACCAUACCUUGGGGUCUGAUUGUUCUUGGAAAGCAAAACCUUUAA